AUGUACUCUCUCCAGCUCCUGCUCAGGGCCAGCCAUGCUGCCCUGCUCCUGGUUCUCUGUCUGCAGCUGGGGAUCAACAAUGCUCAGGAAGACAACUUUUGUCUUCCCAAAACCAGUCGACAGUUGAUCAAAAUGGAUUUUAAAUUGCCCCAAACAACAAGAGCAAAUGAAGAAGUCACUGCAAUGCUUAAAGUUGGAACAGAAUUGAGAGAAUGUAUGGUGAUUAAAACUUACCUGGUAAGCAACCCUCCAGUUGAUGGGCCUUUAAAUUACAAAUACACUACCUGCCUGUGUGAGGAAUAUCCAAGAACCUUCUUCUGGGACUUUCAGGUCAACAGUACUGUGAGAAUUAAAGCAGUGGUUGACGUCGUUGGUGAAUUUGACAUCUGCCCUGACAACCUGGCAGUGACACCCAUCAAAGCAAACCACUUUAGUGUCUUCAAAAUGCUGCCUGUGGCCUGA